UCUCUCUCCUCGCCGGCAUCGGCCGCAUCGCGGAAUUCGAAUUCGAACUCGAUUCCUCCCCUCUCGCUCUCCGCCCCCACCCCAACCCCACGGCGGCGAGCGGAGGCUCGGAGAGGGCCCGCCGCCGGAUCGACGGGAUGCAGCAGAGGCCGGAGGACGCCAUGGAGGAGGUGGAGGCCGAGGCCGAGGCGGCGCCCAAGGCGGCGGCGGGGCCGGAGCUAGGGUUCUGGCUCGCGGCGCGGCGGCGGCUCGCCCCAGACGACCCCUUCUUCGCCGCCGGGGACCUCGAGCGCGAGCUCCUCGCCAAGCACGUGGCCUUGGAUCUCUCAGAAGAUGACCGGAACCAGCUUGAGAAGAUGGAAGUAGCCAGCACGUGUACUUUGUUUUGCCCAAUUGCGGGUUGUGGUGUCCAUCUAGAUUGUUUGGAGGACUUUGAGGACCACUAUGUCACUCGACAUACUGCUUCAUGCUCUGUAUGUUCAAGAGUAUAUCCAACUUCAAGGUUGCUAAGCAUUCAUGUGUCUGAGGCACAUGACUCGUAUUUCCAAGCAAAAGUUGCCCGUGGUUUUCCAAUGUACGAGUGUUUGGUGGAGGGUUGUGGGGUGAAGUUGAAGAGUUACAAAAGUCGGCAGCAGCACCUCAUUGAUAAGCAUCAGUUCCCCAAGUCAUUCGAGUUCUUCAAAAAGGCACGGCCCUCCCAGCGCCAGCGUCAGAAGUCCCAUAGGAGGCAAACUGCUCACAAGGGAGAAGAGACAAGGGAUAACUCGAUGGACGUAGAUGGGAAAGGCACAAGGCAAACAAACUGGAGGUAUCGACCAAAGCAGCAUGACCAUAAAGAGUCUAUAGAGAACGACCGUCAGCAUAAGGAGGCGAAGGAAAAUGAAAUGGAGGUCGAACAGAAGAUUGACGGGCUGACUUCUGCCGUGUCGAAACUGAGCACAGCGGAUUCCACCCCUGCAAACGUCACCUUUGGCCACCGUCGCUCUCGUGGCCUUACAUUUGUUCCGAGGUCAAUCAGGCAGAACAAGAAGGCGGCCUCCCAGCCAGAAGCGAAAUGACGGAUACAACAUCAUUUGGUCUUUCGAUGGUUCCAGAAUGGCAGAAUCUGGGUAAUUUUGUAUGGGUGUUUGAUCUUGGAUGCUGUAGCGCGCGCGGACUGGUUUCCACUAAUUAUCCUUGGAUCACGAGGCGGCAAUCGUUUUCUGUCCUGUAACGAAGUUGCUAUGAUGUUCUAUCCAAAACUCAGAAAAUGUGUUAUGCUGAAAAAAAAACUCAGAAAAUGUGAAGGGCCAUUGCUGA